AUGAGGUUUCUACUCCUGCUACUGUUGUUUUUCAAUUUUUCCCACGCGGGAUCUUUUGCCGGCUGUACGAUAAAGCCACAAGGUAGGUAAAAAUCUUAGAUAUCAAUGAUUUGAUCUGAAAAUAGCACUGGCGCAAUUGGAAAGCCAUGCGGGGCCUAAAAAUGGACGAGAAUUGGACUUUUACUUCUACAAAGGGGUUCCUUACUCGGUUUUCCGGGCGUUCACCGACGCCUUUCUGAAAAUCAACUUGACCGACUCGGACGCCUUCACCUUCUAUCAAGUUUCCGUGCUGAAAUUUGGAUUGGAAUCAUUUUAUUUUUUAGGGGGAGAAUUGUACGGAGGUUGAAGAUUUGCACAGCAGCGACAAUCGUUAUUUCGGGUUAUUGAGGAAAGGCGCACUUUGGAGGUGGAUGAGUGCCUUUUUAAAAAAUAAAAAGUGCCCUUUAGGUCCCACCAAUUGAACCCAUUCGAUGACAAAAUCAUCGGGAUCUCUACCAAUGAGCCUUAUUCCGUCUCCAUCAACAUGUGGGGUAUGGAAAAAUGUCAUUUUUCAGCUUCUUUUCAUUGAUUUCAUUCAGAAGUGAACAUUUUGCGACUGGCCGUCUUCCUCGGCGGAAUUUCCUUGUUCCUUUUCGCUUCGAAACUCGUUAGAAACGUCGUUUUCUACUAUGCCAGCGGCUGUACCUUCGGCGUCGUCACGUCGCUUCUUCUCGUCGUUUUUCUGAUUUAUCGCGUCGCUCCCAAGGUGGUUUUUAUGGUACUAGAGGGGGUUCGUGGUAUUUUUAAGCUUAAAAAAAGCUUGGUUUUUCAUUUUAGGGAUAGUCAAAGCGGGUAAAAACUAAGUUUUGUGAAAAUUCAGGUUUUUUUUUCAAUUUAUUGGAGGUUUAAUGUUAAAAGAUUAGUUACAGGUGUAGAAAAUUGUUUAGAAGCUUUAAAAAAAUGGAAAAAUAUUUAGUUUUAUAGGUUCUCAUCAUUGUUGAUAUCUAAAAAAAAGUGCUCUUUUAGGUUUUUUUAGGUGUAAGAUGUUCCGUAACAAAAAAAUAAAAUUUCGAUUUUAACUUUUUAAAGUUCUGAAUCUUGAAUUUUCCAAUGAGAAAAGCAGUAAAAAUAUUCAAAAUUUUUUUUUUUUGUGUGAAAAGGCGCCUCAAAAGCUUGAUUUUUCCCGUUUUUUUCAACAAAAUUCUUAAUAGAAAAAAAUAUUUCUUUCAUCAUUUUUGUCCAUUCCAGAAGACAUUCAUCGGCCUCCCGAUCCUCAUAGGCGGCUGGUCGGCCUGUCUCUACAUGCUUCACUUCGCCUGGUCCAACUUUUCCUCCAUCAUGAUGCAACAUCAGAAAUACGUCGCCAUGUACUUUGUAAGCCAACAAAUUUUGUGUAAAAUCCGUAGAGUUCGGACGGUUUUACUGAAUGUUUUCAAUAAACUAAAUCUCCUUGAAAUUCACUUUUAAAAAGUUUAUUUUGAUGAAAUUUAGUAGUGGAAAAGAGAAGGUUUCUUGGCUUUUUGGAAAAUUUUUUUAAAAGCAAUUUUCUAAUUUUUGAGUUGAAAUUUGAAUAUUUUACAUUAUCUGUAAAUUUUUAACCUAUGGGAUUUUUCGAGUUUGAAAAAUGCUUUUUUUGGAUUUUUUUCUCUUGUAAAGUGUACGGCGAAAAAAAUUGAUAGCCUUGAAAAAUGGCACAAAAAUGCGCUAAAUGACUAAAUAUACAGUUUGAAAUGGCUUUUAGGAUUUUUUUCUUAUGCUUCUGUACAAUGGCUAGAUUAUUUAAAAAAAGAGCGAAACGAGGAAAUUUUUUUGAAUAUUCUUGGUCAAAAAUUCAAUCUAACAGAUGGAAAAUCUCAGAAAAAGGCCAAAAAGGCGCAAAAUCGCCUUAAAUAAAGCUGAAAACGGCUUCUAGGAUUUUCCUUAUGCUUGUUUAAAAUUUCUAGAGUUUUUAAAAAGACCAGAACUUGAGGAAAAGUUCGAAAAUCUUUUGGUUUUAAGGUCGAAAAAUUCAUUCCAACACAUAAAACAUCUCAAAAAAAUGGCAGAAAAAGGCGCUAAAUGACCUGAAAUAUAGCUGGAAAUGGCUCUGAAGAUUUUUUUCUUAUGCUUCUGUAUAAUGGCUAGAUUAUUUAAAAAAAGAGCGGAACGAGGUAAAUUUUUGAAAAUCCUUGAUUUUAAGGUCAAAAAUUCAAUCUAGAAAAUCUCAGAAAACCAAAAAAAGGCAAAAAAAUGAACUGAAAUAUAGCUGGGAAUGGCGUUCAUAAUUUUUCCUUAUGCUUUUUUUGAACCCACUAGGGUUUUUAAAAAAAUACAAAAAGUUGAAGAAGAAUUCGAAAAAUUCUUGAUUUUAUGGUCAAAGUUUUUAAUCGUACUCAUGAAAAAAAUCUUAGAUAAAAAGCCAAAAUGAAUUGAAAGGAAGCCGGAAAUGGCCUUUAGGAUUUUCCUUAUGCUUCUUUGAAACUGCUAGAGAUUUCAAAAAGACCACAAAUUGAGGAAAAAUUCGAAAAUCCUUGAUUUUGAGGUCAAAAAGUCAAUUGCACACAUGAAAAUCUCAGAGAAAUGAUAAGAAAGGCGCGAAAUAAACUAAAAUAUUGCUGGAAAUGGCUUUUAUAGACAUCUCCAUGCUUCUUCCUACAGCGAGACUUUUUGAAACGACCACAACUCUUUGAAAAUGAUUUUCAGGCGACGGUCCUUCUGAUUUCCAUGGCGGUUUGCUACAAGAGAGGCCCUCCGACCGACGCCAGAUCUCACGAUAUCGCCCAGUGGACCCUUCAGUUGAUUGCCCUCGCCUUGAUUUAUUUCUCAUCUCAGGUGAUUUCAAAAUAAGAAAUUAGUGGUGAAAAGCUAUCGAUUUUCCUCUAAAGCUAGUUUUUUUAAUUCUUCCCUUAAUCGCGACAUUUUUUAAAAAUUUUCCCGGUUCUCUAGUCUUUUUAGAUUUUGAAUUUUGAGUGAAAUGACGUCAUUCGAAAAUGCUUUCUGAUUUUUUUAAUUGCAUCAUUCGGGGCGGAGCUUGAGAGACGGCCCUGACCAGACUUUAUUUGAUGAUUUUAUGUGUUGAUAUGACGGAUUAUUUUUUUCAUUUUUUUGCGCUUUUUGUAAAAUUUAGCUCAAAAAAAUCCGAAAAAGUGAUUUUUUUGAAAUAUAAGCGACUUGGUGUUAUUAAAAAAUGUCGGAGCUUGAAAAUUUAAUUUUUAGGUCCCGGAACUGUCGUUGGCAGUGAUGGCCCUCCUAGUUCUGCAUCAUCUGUCGCAUGGGUGGCUUUUUGGAGGCUUCAAGUGGUACCUCAUCGGCGUCAGAAACAUGUGGUUAGUUUUGAAAAAAUAUUGGUGGAGUUUUAGAAAAAUUAAAUCCGAAAUUUUGGAGAAUAAUGGAAGGAAUUACCUUUUUUUCGUUUUAUGGAGGUAUUAUGAAAGUUUUCCAUCAGGGAGUGUGGUUAAAAGAAACUAGAAACAGCUUGAAGUGGUCACUUAAGCGGUUGAACCCAGAAAAUCCUGUUAAAAAUGACCACUAUUUUUCCCAUGAAAAACCUCACAAAAAAAAAAAAAAAUUAAAAUCCGCGUGAAAAAGCUUCUGAAAAAGUUGGAAUGAAUACGCUUCAAAGUAGAGAUAAUAAAUCCAGAACUCAAAGUUUUUUGUUUACAGCGUUAGCAUUUUUUCUAAACUUGAAUUUCAAAACUUCAAGGAAAAAUAAUCCCAAUUCGAAUGAUUUAUUGAGAUCUGGUCACUCCAUGUUCAUCUAUUCCAUUGCCAGGCAUUGGGAAAAAAGUGCAAUCUAAUCAUUUUUCUAAUAAGUUCAUAAGGAACCCUCAAAGAAAUUUAAACUUGGAAAUUUUGGAGAACAAGUGAAGGAAUUGCCUUUUUUUCAUCUUUGGCGGUUUUAUGAAAGUUUUCCUUCAGGGAGUGUGGUUAAAAGAAACUAGAAACAGCCUGAAGUGGCCACUUAAACGGUUGAACUCAAAAAAUCCUGUUAAAAAUGACCACCUUAGGGUACCUUCCUAGCUUUAAAAUGACAAUUAUUGGCUUUUUUCCUCCAAAGACCACUUAAGGGAGCAAUCAGAAAAAGUAAAAACCUGAAAAAUUCACAAAAAUAAAACACUUGAAUUCGUACACGUUAUCCCUGGAGCGCGCCGGCUAUUUCAUCCACGGCCAUUUUUUACAUGAAGUCUUUUUUCCCUAUCAUUUUCGUCCACAGAGGUUCUUGCAACGUUUUUUAUCAUUUUCCCAUAAAAACCUCACAAAAAAUAAUUAAAAUCCGCGUGAAAAGCUUCUGAAAAGUUGGAAUGAAUACGCUUCAAAGUAGAGAUAAUAAAUCCAGAACUCAAAGUUUUUUGUUUACAGCGUUAGCAUUUUUUCUAAACUUGAAUUUCAAAACUUCAAGGAAAAAUAAUCCCAAUUCGAAUGAUUUAUUGAGAUCUGGUCACUCCAUGUUCAUCUAUUCCAUUGCCAGGCAUUGGGAAAAAAGUGCAAUCUAAUCAUUUUUCUAAUAAAUUCAUAAGGAACCCUCAAAAAUCGAAUUACCCCAAGAAAAUGAACCAAUACCAAAUAUUAAAUUAAAUGCGGCGAAACACAAGGAGAACAUUAGGGAUGACAUCUGAAAUAUUAACAGAUUUUUUAAGGAAUUUCUAAAAGUUGAUGAAAAAGAACUCGAGGGAAUAACAGUCCUUAUGUUUAUGAUGACGAUAAUUAGUCAAGGAAUUUUCUGUUUCUUAUCUGAAAACUUCCUCUCAAGGGAUUACUUGAGGGAGCGCGUCUUCCUAACGUUAAUAAUGACAAUAAUUGGCUGUAUAAUUUCCGCUUUUUUAUCGAAAAUUUUCUCUUAAGUGACCACUUAAGGAAGCUCACCUACUCAACGUUAAUGAUGACGAUAACUGGCUACAUAAUUUUUUACUUUUAUUUCAAAAAAAUCCCUUUAAAGACCACUUAAGGUACAUGACGUUUGUAACGUUCUAUACGACAAUAAUUGGUUAUAACAUGUUCCCUUAAAUGACCACUUAAGGGGUCGAGCUUUCUAAACGUCAAUAAAGACAAUAAUUGGCUCUGAAAUUUUCCCCUUUUCCUCCAAAAAUGUUCUCUUAAAUGACUACUAAAGGUACAUGACGUUCUUAACGUUCUAUACGACAAUAAUUGGUUAUAACAUGUUCUCUCAAAUGACCACUUGAGGAAUCGAGCUUUUCCAAGGCCCCGGAAGCUGCUGACCGAAGAGGAGUACCAGAAACAAGGUCGAGAGACGACGAAAAGGGAGCUGGACCUUCUCCGGGAUUACUGCUCCAACCCGGAAAAUCUUCCCUGGCAGAUUGUGAACAACGUCGUCAAUGCCAAUAGGUGAAUAAUCGAAAGAAUCGUAUUUUUUUCGGAGUAAAUGACAUUUUAAAGCAAAAAAAAAACGCAGAAAAUGCCAAAAGUAACAAGAAAAGUGUGCACAGGCUGGCGAGUUUUGUGCAGUUUGGCCAGUCCGACGUUUCCAAUGACGAACGGGUCGCUCACCAAUUAUCCAAAACGACUCUUAAUAGGUUCAUUUUUUCGAUUGUUUGCAUGGAAAAGCUUGAAAAAUUAGAGUUUUGUGGUGUUUUUUUAACCGUUUGCUCUGUAAAAUUAACUCGGAAUGGAGCUUUGUGGUUUGAGAGCGUUGUGUUGAUCGUUUUUCAGGUACCUGAUGAUUUUUUUCAAAUAAUUUAAGUUCGUUUAUUUGAAUAUUUGAAUGGAAUUUUCUGAUAUUUACAUUUUUAAAAUACCUAAAAAUUGAUUUUAAAGCUCUAAUUUUACAUUUUCUCUGAAUUUUUCGUUAAAGAGGGAUGGAAUUCGCCAAAAUUAGAGAGUAUGAGGAUUGAAGAGGUUUUAGACAGUUUGAUGCGAUUCAAAAAAAGGGUUGACAAGCUUUCCAAUGUAUCAGGUUUCAAAGUGAUUACGCGAAAAUCAAAAUAGAGGUCAGAGAAAGAAAACGAUAACUCAAUUUUGGAGGAUCAGAAUUACGGAUUUUUUGCAUUUUUUUUACUGGUUUGGCAUGCUAUUUUGUUCCAGAAUCUGCCUAAAAAUCUAUUUUUGUCAAGAAAACUAUUUUCUAGACGCGACGAUGAUGGCGACGAUAUGGAAGAAUAUGACGAGGUCGAAAUCCGGACCGGCGGAAGGUUUGGAUUUUAUUUUUACUUGAAACAAUUCGAAAAAUGCGACAUUGGAAAUGUUUUACAGACGCCGUCCAAGCUAUUCCGCAUCUCUUACUUCAUUUUUUGCCAAUAAAUUUUACGGAUGAUUUUUUUUUUUUAUAUAUUUUUUCGUGUACAAGAUUGGAUUUUGGACAUUUUACCUCGUCAUCAACAAUAUUUAUAGAUUUUUACGGUUCGGAAAUGUUUUUGUGCUCUAGGGAUAAGUUUUUUUAAGCUUUUUGCGGAUUCCUGUUUCAACAUAUUUUUGAGCUUGGGAUAGAAGGUUUUUGUAAUGGGAAAGUUUAUAGCCAGAAAAGACAAAUCAGCUAUUUCUACUGCUUCAAAACUGCAUUCAAAUAAUUUUAUUUGGCCUGAAAUCGAAUUUCGCAACGCUCAGGAGAAUUUUUUUAAAAGAUUGGCUUCAAAAUAGGGUUUUCGAAAGGAUUCUAGCUCUUCUGUAACAUAGGCUCGUUAACAUUCUCUGCAAAGUCAAUUGAUGUUCGAUUAUUUUUUCAGAGUGGCGGAAAUAAGAGCUCGGAUAUUUUUUUAAAUUGGGAAUAUAUUUUUUUGGCUCUGAUUUCUUGAAAUUGCUGUCCCUCAGUGAAGAAAUCCUUGAGUGAUUUUUCUUUGAUUUUUCUAAAUUUCAGCCCCUCUUCGGUGGUCUCGAUGCGAUUGCCGCGAAACGUCGCCACUCGGCUCCUUUCGCCUUACCAGAACUUGAAUCGAUCCCUGCCCGCUGAGGAAUUUGAUAGGCGAGGUGAAUUUUGAAAGUGGAAACAGGAAAAUUUGAAAAAAGGGGUAAUUCGCUAUCGCGCAAUGAUCUUGUAGCUGAAAAUUGCACAAGAAAAAUGAUUUUUUGGGGUUUUAUUUUUGUAUUUUUGUUCUGGAUCAAGAUUUUUCACUUUUAUUUCUGUUCUAUGGAAACUUUGAUCACAUAUAGGCAAGUAGAGGAGCCAAUAAUUCGAGAAAAAAAAAUUUUCCAAAGAAAUUAUAUUAUUCUCUAUAGUUCUACUAAGCGGUAGAUCCCAAAAAUCAGGGGUUCUCCUCAAAUUUUGCUCCGAGAUUGAACUUCUGACCUUUCUCACCACAAACAAGCGUCUUAGCCUCUGAUCUAUGAAGACUUUAUUGAAUUGAUUGAAAAUUGAAAUUUUUCAGCUCACUACCUUCCAAACCCCCGUCCGGCCACUGAACGUCGUCCUUCAGCUACCCGAAUCCCGUCCAGCUACCGUCUGAACGACGUCUUGAGAUCCAGACAUUUCGAGGACCGCGACGAGGAGGAAGAGCUCGAAAUGAUGCAGCAGGAGGAGGCGGCGAACCGGCGUCGGUCCGCCGCCAGAGACGCGAUGGGCGACUACGGCUUCAAGACGCCCUCGUCCAGGAGGAGCAGUCAUAGCAGGGCUAGGUGGGAAGAUGUAAGGGAGAAAUGAUCUGGGUGAAAAUAGAGCUGAUGGUUUGGGAAAAAAAGUUCUGAAUUGCUAGAAAAGAAAAUGAAAAGAAAAAGGUGUAGAGAUUUGAUGGAAAAUGAUAGAAAAGGAUCUGCAGUUUGAGCUGCAACAAAGUCAAAAAGGAACCAAAAAAGGCUAGAAAUGGGAAAAGAAAGGAAGAAUUCUUAAGGAAUAAUUCACGAAAUUAAAAAAAUUGAAGAAAUAUAUUAUACGAAGCGAAGAUUUGAAGGGAUAUUUUUUUAAAGGGACGUUAGGAAUUUGAGAAAUAUGUUCCGCAUAAAGCUGAGAACUAAAGCAAAAACGGGAAAAAUCUAGAACCAGAAAAACAAAAUAUUAAAAAGCCGAAAAAAAUUGAAAAAUGAUCCCACCAAGAGACCUCAAACGAAUUCGUCCAGGAGGAGGGGUUUAGAUAAGAUUCAAUCAAAUUUUUUUGAGAGAUUAUUGAAGGGAUCUAGAAAGAUUUUGAACAUUUUCGAGGGCAGUGACGUUAAAUCUGAAGCAUGAAGUUGAAAAUUGAAGAAAUAUAUGACUAUCAAAGCUUAGAUGUGAAGGAAUAAUUUUUUUAACGGAAGAUGGAAAUUCGAAUUAUAAUUUGAGAACAAAAAGCUGGAAAAAGUUUCAAAAAUAGAAUUUUCGAGAAAAACAAGCUUUAUUGACAAUGAAAAAAGAGCUACAGUAGCUUUAUGAUUUUUCAACACUUUUUCAUCAAUUUUUCUUGAGAUUUUUUUCUCGACUAUGGCCCUUUUUCAAGUUAUUUCAAGCUGUUCAAAAAUUUUCCAAUAAAAUAAAAACUAUUGAAGAAAAAUAUCCAAAUAUUAGCCGAGAGAGAAGUAAAAAAAGACGAAUUUGCACGUUUUUUUCUGUAAAGAUGUUCAAUUUUUCAUAAGAAUAGUUGAUUUUUUAGUUUCUAACUUCAGAGGAAAAAAAUAUUGCUCUUGAAGGGUUGGUAAAAAUUGAUAUAUUUGAAAGAUUAUUUAGAACAAACCAAAAAUGGAAAAAUAAAUAUCAAGGUUCAAGUUUUUAUGCAUCCAGAAAACGGGUUUUUCAAUUCAUUUUAGAGUUGAAUUUUUGGUUUUUAUCCUCGAGUUUUUCAAUAUUUUUGAUUCAAAAAAAUCCCAGAAGCUCAAAAAGUUCGAAUUAUGAGCCAUUUUCCAAUUUUUGAACCAUUUUUUUCUUUUUCCAGAAACUACUCGAGAAGCCCGUCAAGAGGCAGUCCUUCGAGCUCCUCGAUUGAAUAA